CAGUGUCGCUAUAUCUACGUCUUGUGUUUGUUCUCGGAGUACUUAGAGAAGGUCAGAUAUGUAGAAGCCACUGAUUUAUGUUAUACAUCUUUCAAAUGUCGUGUGUUAGCCCCGAAACGAUGCGCGGCAGAUAAAGUGUUCUAGCAUGAUGACGAUGCUCUUAUAACCGUCAUUAUUCAAUUGUACAUUGAUCUGUGUUACGAAACACGCUAAGCGAUGGCAGAUGAUAUACCUGCAGCCCUGUACCACGCGGUGGAUAAGAAUGACGUCACGAAACUGCGUUCUUUGCUUCUUGAAGGAGCGGAUCCAAACGAGAACUACAACGACAGCCCCGCAUUGUCGUUUACAAUCCUGCAUCUGUGUUGUGGAAAAGGAUAUUUAGAAGCCACACGGGUGCUGGUAGAAGCAGGUGCGAAUAUCAAAUCACGUGAUGCCUGGGCGAUGACCCCGCUUGUCCACAGCAUUAUUUCUCAGCACUUUGAUAUCAUAGAAUACUUGCUAUCGGAAUGUCCACGAGCUGUUAACCUAACGGACAAGUUCGACAAACCACCACUCCAUUUUGCAAUAGAGUCUGACAAUGUAGAUAUCUUUAAUCUGCUAAUAAACAGGGGCGCCGAUAUCAACCUGAGUACAAUGCAUGGGAUUACCCCCCUUAUGUUUGCUUGCACCACUCCAAAGUUGUCCAACAGGAAGGAAAUGGUCAGUAUUCUCCUGGAGAAAGGCGCGCUGGUGGAUUUAAUGGACGUCCUGGAUUACAAAACUGCACUUCAGUAUGCAGUGGCAAAUCGACACACAGAAGUGGUCUCCCUUUUGCUGGUAGCUGGCGCAGACGCUAAUAGUUUAGACAAGGGCGGAAGUACUCCACUAACCAAUCUCAUGGCUUCUUCUAUACGUCCCCGGAUGCUGGAUUCCACCGUCAUGGAUGACGUCAUGACAAUUGUUGUCCUGUUGCAACAAAUGGGAGCCGAGUUGAAUUUGAACAAAUGUGAAUACAGUAAUCCACUGAUGGUAGCAACGCUGUUAAAAUCUACAAAACUGGUGGAAUAUUUUUUGGCAUGCGGAGCCGACCCAAACAUCAAAUUCAUAUCUGGAAUAACUCCUCUACAUGCGGCCAUUGGGAACAGAGAUCUCCAGACCACACAGCUACUGUUACGUUACAAUGCCAGUGUUGCUGCCAAGGCAAUGAUCAGGCACAAGAGACAGGAAGAGAGACUGUGUGAUCCCUUUGAAAUGGCUGUUGAUCUUCUGCAAUGGGACAUUGUAAAUCUAUUGACUGAGUAUGGGUAUAACUUGUCGCAGCAUGAAUACCUGAGGGACAGUGUAUUUUUGGAUACAAUUCCUGCAGCUUUUAAAAACGAUCCUUCCAUGUUCGCCCUUUUACAAGAAACAGCACGAAAGCCGCCUUCUCUUCAAAAACUCGUUGUUCUUCGGGUGCGAGAUAUCUUGAAAAUUGACAUUUCCAACAAAGUGCACAGCCUAUCUUUACCAAAUUCAUUGAAGAGUGACAUAAGCAUGGUAGAGAUUUGUUGACAAUUUUCUGUAAACCCAACGAUCCAUUAUCCACAUGUGCAUGUAUAAAAUAACAAACGUAGUUUCUUUUUUAUAGCUUGUAAGCAACUAUUAUAACUUACAAUACUCCUCAAACGCACUACAUUGUGUUACAUGUACUAGAAUAUUAUAAAUUCUUUCAAUAUACAAGCAGUGUAAUAACAAUAUCAUUU